AUGCUGGAAAAGUGUUACAAGAAGAUUUCGUUGGAGCAGGACGAUGACGACGACAGUGAUGGGGACGAUGAGAGCUUGAGACACGUUUAUAAGCCCAUUAAUCCGUAUGACAAGCGAAAUCCGUACAUAAUUGGCACGAAAGAAUGGUUGGAAAAGAUGCAUAUUGGCCUAGAAAAUGACGAUGACGAGUCCGAAGAGAUCGACGACGAUGAUAUCGAUGAUGAAUCGGUCAAAGAUGAGUCCACAGAGCUUGCGGUACCACAAAAACCGGAUUCCAGCAUUGCUUCUACCUCCCCCGAAGACGAAGAAGAGGAGGAUUUAUUGCCGCCCGUCAAUCACGUGCAUGUCCCGAACAUGAUAGCAACUCUGCCGGAAAUUCUGAAACAAAAUCAAGAGCAUUUAGUGUCGCCUGUCGCGCCAGCAAAAGUCCAACUGCCCAAAAACGAGCAAAAUUUCUUCAGAAAUCAACCAACUGUCGUCGCGCCAUCAAUUCCGACUAUUCCGCAGCACUUUACGCAAAACUUUUUCGACGACGAGCCACCGGAGCUGGACAACAUUUCCGUGGGACGUGAGUCGACGACACGUGCCGCCCCCAAUUUGUUUACGGAAAGCGAUGAAGAAAAUGAGAAUUUCAUCAAAACAACAGCGGCGGCGACUCCGAAUCGACAAACAAUCGAUGCAAAGGUGAUAGAUGAACCAGAUAAAUCCGCGACGACGACGACGCCAGCAAAUACAAACAAUCGUAAUCUAUCAGGUGAUAAGCAAGUGACAAACACGAGCCAGUCGUUGAAUACGAGCAAAGUGAGCAACUUGUUUGAAGACUCGGACGACGAUGAGGAUUAUUUCGAUAUCAUUCGAAAGUCGAACAACAACAGUGCAACGAAAAGUGCAGCCGUGAGAGUACCGGAAAAGACAAUGUCGGUGAAUUUGGUCAAAGAAGAUUCGCCAAAAAUUGAGAAAAAGCCGGAAUCUGUCAUGGAUCGCGUGGUUAAAAGUGUGCCUCCCAAAAAAGUUUCGAAUUUGUUUGAAGAUAGUGAUGAUGACGACGACUUUUUGUCGUCUAUGAAGCCAAAGAGUGUCCUUACGAAGAAAGAAGAACCAAAAGUUGUGCCUGUUAAGCAAGUUAUUGAGCAAAAAGAAGCUCCAAAAGUUGAAAAAACCAUCGUAGCGCCGAAAAAACUUCAAAAAUCGUUGUUCGACAGUGAUGAUGAUGACGAUUUUAUGGCUCCGUUACCAAAAUCUGAGCCGAAAAAGCAAGAAAAAAUGGAGGAAGUGAAGCCAAAAGUUGUUCAAGAGCCUAAAAAAGACGAACAAGUGAAGGUUUCGACCGCUUUAGAGCCUAAAAAGCCAGAAAAAAUAGAAGAUGUGAAAGCUGCAGUAGCUGAUGAGACGAAAAAUGUUGUUUCAGAGACCAAAAAUGAAGAAAAAAUUUUAAAUUUGAAGGUUUCGGGUGAUGCAGAGUCGAAAAAACCUGCUGAAGUGAAGUCAAAAGUCAUCGAAGAACCCAAAAAAGAAGAAAAAACUGAAGAAAUCAAGUCGAAAGUUGUUCAAGAGCCUAAAAAACUUGAUGAAAUCAAACCAAUACUCGACCAAGAGCCUAAAAAAGAAGAAAUAAAGUCACCAGAAACCCCAAAACAAGUGACUUUCUUCGAAGAUGAGCCACCAGAAGAUGAUUUAUUCGAAAUUAAAAAGCCUAAAGUGACCGCUAUUGAGAAGCCGGAGCACAAAAUUUCAGAAAAACCUUUCGAAAUUACGUCAGUUGUCAUUGAUGAACCCCAAAAGCCUCAAAAAACCGAAGAAAAAUCUCAAAAAUUGAAGGAUGAUGUUGUCCCAGAGAGACCAUCAACUUUACUUCCACCCGUCGAUGACGACA